CGCGCCAUGGCCGCCAUGGCGCCCUCCUCCUCCGCCCCCUCGCUCCCCGCUCACCUCCCCUGCAAAGCCCACGCCCGCCUGCUCCGGCGAAAGGCCCCGCCCGCCGCCGCCGCCCCGCGCCCGCUCCUCCUCUCGUUCCCCGCGCCCGCGCGCCGCCGCUCCGCCGGGCUCCGCGCUCCAGCCGCGCAGCAACGCUCCGAUGAGUACCAGUUCGAACAUGACGAGGAAGACUACGAAGGUGACGAGGAGGAGUGGGAUGAGGAGGACGAGGAGGAGGAGGAUGAAGACGAGGUGGGGGAGGAGAUGGACGUGGAGGCGAUGGAGGAGGAGGCGCGCGGCGCGGCCGCCGACCUCGCCAAGCGCCUCGCCCGGGAGCUCCACAUCGAUGAUGAUGUCCGGGAGAAACGAAAAAACAUCAGGGAAUCCAUGUCUAAACAUAUCCCAGAUAAUCUUCUUCCAAAGGUGGCAAUCAUUGGGAGGCCAAAUGUUGGUAAAUCUGCGCUGUUCAACCGUCUUGUUGGGGGAAACAGGGCUAUCGUUGUUGAUGAACCUGGUGUGACGAGAGAUCGCUUAUAUGGACGAUCUUAUUGGGGUGAUCAGGAGUUUAUGGUUAUUGAUACUGGUGGGGUAAUUACUUUAUCAAAAUCUCAAGCAGGUGUGAUGGAAGAACUUGCUGUCACCACUACUGUUGGUAUGGAUGGGAUUCCUCUCGCCACUAGAGAAGCUGCUAUUGCGAGGAUGCCAUCAAUGAUUGAAAAACAAGCAGUUGCAGCUGUUGAUGAAGCAGCCGUCGUACUAUUCGUCGUGGAUGGUCAGGCUGGUCUUGUGGCAGCUGAUAUAGAGAUUUCUGAUUGGUUACGACGCAACUACUCUGACAAGUGUGUUAUACUUGCUGUCAAUAAGUGUGAAUCUCCACGGAAAGGGCAAUUGCAAGCAUUAGAUUUUUGGUCACUAGGGUUUUCUCCUCUGCCAAUUUCUGCUAUUACUGGCACAGGAACUGGAGAUCUCCUUGAUCUGGUGUGUGCAGAGCUGAGAAAAUUUGAGGGAUUGGAUGGAGUUGAAGAAGAGAAAAAUAAGGUUCCUGCUAUUGCCAUUGUGGGAAGACCAAAUGUGGGGAAAAGUAGUAUUCUAAAUGCUUUGGUUGGAGAAGAUAGAACUAUUGUGAGCCCAGUUAGUGGGACAACACGCGAUGCUAUUGAUACUGAGUUUACUACAGCAGAUGGAGAGAAGUACAAACUCAUUGAUACUGCUGGGAUCCGACGCCGGGCAGCAGUUGUUUCUGCUGGCAGCACAACGGAAUCACUUUCAGUAAAACGGGCAUUUCGAGCAAUUCGCCGCUCCGAUGUGGUUGCCCUUGUUAUUGAAGCAAUGGCUUGUGUUACAGAGCAGGAUUAUAAAAUUGCAGAGAGGAUUGAGAAAGAAGGAAAGGCUUGUGUCAUUGUUGUGAAUAAAUGGGAUACAAUCCCAAACAAGAACCAUGAGAGUACAACACAUUAUGAGCAAGAUGUAAGAGAAAAGCUUCGCAUACUUGAUUGGGCACCUAUAGUCUACUGUUCUGCGACAAAUGGAACCAGUGUUGAAAAGAUAAUUUCUGCCGCUGCUUUGGUUGAGAAGGAAAGGUCUAGAAGACUCGGUACCUCUAUUCUUAAUCAAGUUGUCAGAGAAGCUAUAGCAUUCAAACCACCACCACGGACAAGAGGUGGCAAAAGAGGUCGUGUAUAUUACACAACACAGGCUGCCGUGGGUCCUCCAACAUUUGUUUUAUUUGUAAACGAUGCAAAGCUCUUUUCUGAUACAUACCGACGUUACAUGGAAAAGAAACUCCGGUCGGAUGCUGGAUUUCCAGGCACCCCUAUUCGGUUAUUGUGGCGCAGCAGAAGGCGGCCGGAUAAACGAGGUAAAUCUGCAGAUAGUAAGUUGCAGAGCCCAGGAGCCCCUAGCAGAAUGGUUGUGGCGGCCUGAUCGAGCCACCUUUAUAGAUUCUGUUCAGGUUUGAGUACAACCGUGGCUGAUGCGAAACAUGUGGAGUGGAGUUUGAGUUUCAGAAUGAACUUUUGGGACAUCGAAAUGUCAGAGUGGGAGGAGAUGCAGGGGCAACUUAGUAUUGAAGUGGAAGGCGCGGAUGAUGUGGAAGAUAGUAUCAUACGGAGGAAGCUAGAAAGAUCAGUGUGGUGGUGAUGGUGGAUACGAGAAUGGUGGGCAUGUAUGCAGCACGAGAUCACCGCUGAGGAUCCCAAAUCUUCCAUGGGAUGGGAUGGUGUGCUGUGGUGUGGUGUGUCAUGAGAGGUUCCAGAACAGCUUCGCGUUUGUGUAGGAGGGGCUGCUGGGAUGCAAGCUGCGUGGUAAGGGACAGGACAGGUUGCAGCGCGAGGCUUUGGGUGAAACCUUGUAUGGGAGACGAGGAACUGGAAAAUGCUAGCCUACUUUGGGUGAAACCUUACACAAAAACCUUCCUUUGGUUUUUGGCUAGAUGUGCGUAUGCAGUCGACAUCGUCCCUGUUA